AGAAACUAUCCACACUGCCAUAUCAGAAGCUCUUAUGGAACAUGGUAACAUUAUUGAGAUUGCUCCUGUCUUAAUCUCCAAUACUAAUCUUUUAACCCCAAAAUGGGAUGUUGUUAUUGAACCAAACCAUAAAAAACCCAUUCCUACUUCACUAACUAUCCUUGAAUCAACUGUUGUACUAACUUGGGUUAACUCCCCUAAAGUUUGUCUCCACUGUAAAAAAGAUGGUCAUCUACAUACUAAAUGUCCUGAAAAAAACUUCCCAAAACAUCCUGUAACUAACAUUGCAUCACUUCAACCUACUAACACUCUUUCAUCUCAUACAGAAAAUUCAAAUGCUCAUAUCAGUACACAUAAGCCUGCUAACUCUCAAUUUUCUUCCCCUAAAACCCCAAAUAGUAAUCUCUCUUUUGACAACAAUUCAAAUCAAUCAACAAAUCAACACUCUGUUACAGAAACCAACACUUCUAAUUCUUUACCAACAUCUUACAACACUGCAAUGAAUUCAUAUUCACCAGAUAAUCAUACAAUCAACAAUACAGAUGUCGUCAUGCAAAUUGACACAACAAUGUCAUCUCCAGUAUCUCAAUCUAAUGAUAUUCACUCAUCAAUCCAUGCUCCUUCAGCAAUGAACAAUGAAAAUAGUCAUAAGAAAAUGGAAUCUGAAUAUACAUCAACUAAUUUCUCAGAAAACAUGUCUAUAGAUCCAGUUGACCCCUCCACUCUCUCUGGACCAAACUACAACCCUUCUGAUCCCACCCCUUUCUUAAAUAUACCUUCAUCUAAGAAAUAUAACCUCCGUUCUACCACCACCAACUAA